GUUCCUGUCUUCUUACAAACAGCCGCUCAAAGUCCAUCUGCAUGACCAGAGAGACGAGCUGGGGUCAAAUGGUUUCUCCCUCUCAAUGCCUCAUAAGGACUGCGUGAUUACUUCUUUCUCAAUGAAUCACCAAAAUCAGCCCACAGCAUGAAAAGCUGGAGCAGGAAAUUCAAGAGACAAGAGGCUGACAGUGUGGUCGGGUCCUCCUCUAGCAAGAGGAACGCCAUUAGUGAUCCACCAGUGCCUGUGUGGGUUACUCACACACCCACACCAGAUAACAUCACAGAUGAUGGUGAUACUAACUCCACAGGCCGCACAUCCAGCACUCCGCCGUACGCAGAGAAGGAUGACAAUAAAGGGAGCCUGAAGGACAGACUGAAGUCCUUCAUCCCUCAGUCAUGGGGGGGCCUCAUCCAUAAAUGGGCAAAGGAAAGUGACAGUUUUAAUGACUCUGAGGCCAGCACCAGUAGGAUCCAGAUCCUUCCUAAUGGGACCAGGGUGAGCCCUCCUGUAACUCCCCUGCUGGAGCGCAGGAACUGGGGCGACUCACUUGGCCACUCCAGCCAGAACUCCCAGAAGCCUUUGUUAAGGGAUGAUGAUCUGUUCGAUGUGGUCCCACGAGAGGAGUCUAUCCUGACCAGCAUCCACCCUGCAGAGUACUACGCCGAGAAGCUGGAGGUCUACAACCUGAAGUACUCUUAUUUGAAAUCCUGGCCAGGGUUGCUGAGACUUCUUGCAGGACUCCAGCUGCUAUUCGGGGGCAUGGUCUUCGCUUGUGUUAUCGCUUACAUCCAGAAAGACAGCGAGUGGUCCAACAGCUACGGACUCUAUAACGGCGUGUACAACAAUGGGCUAGGCCUGUCUGGGUACAGCUACAGAGGCCCCAUGACUCCCUUUGUACUGGCAGUAGCUGGAAUCUCCUGGAUUAUAACCCUCGCUCUCUUAGUGAUGGGAAUGACAAUGUACUAUCGCACCAUCCUCCUUGACGCCCCCUGGUGGCCUCUGACGGAGGCCUUCAUCAACGUGGCGCUGUUCCUGCUCUACAUGGCAGCAGGGAUCGUCUACCUGAACGACUUGAGCCGUGGAGGGCUGUGCUACACGACAAUAGGCAUUAACCCCAUCAUGGCCAAUCUGUGUCGGGUCGAUGGGGGCCAGAUGGCGGGAACGGCUUUCAUCUUCAUCAACAUGACGAUGUAUCUGGGAAGCUUCCUGGUGUGUCUGAAGAUGUGGAGGCAUGAGGCGGCACGUAGGGAGAGGGAGUACUUCGAGAACCAGCCCCAGGAGGAGUUUCACCAGUCCAUCCCACUGACUCCUCAAAAACCAAAGCGCAUAUCAUUCAAGGAUGAAAUGGAUAAGUCUCCGAGCAAAGACUGUAUUAAUCAAACUGUGGUACAUAAGAACCCAGUCAGUCUGAACAGAGGCGCAGAAUACACCCCCAAAGUACACAUCAUCGCAGACUACAUCAUAAAGUAUCCAGAGAUCAGCAGUGUGGAGGAAAGGGAAAAGUACAAAGCAGUUUUCAAUGACCAGUAUCAGGAGUACAAGGACCUCCACAAAGAUAUCAGCACCACCCUCGAUAAGUUCAGAAAGCUGGAUGUCAUGAUGGCACGACUGCUCAGAGAUGGAAAAAGCCAAGAGGAUCAGCAGAGGAUUCAAAGUAUUUUGAAGAAGUAUCAGCAGAAAAAGAGAGACCCUGGAUUCCUUGAGAAAAAGGAACGCUGUGAUUAUCUGAAAGCUAAAUUAAGCCACAUCAAAAACAGAAUCCGCACUUUUGACCUGGAAACCAUGGAAAAGGGUCGGACAUGAAGAAGAACAAGAAAUAUCUGCAGCACCUGAGGCUCAGUUGUUAGAAGGAAAUGUUGGUAUUGUACGUUUCUGCAAACCAUGAAUACGUUACAUUUGUACCUUUCAGAUAAGAGAAAGCGAGGUAAUAUGUAAGCUGACUUUGUCAUUGGGAGGUUGGGAUGGUGGAUGGCGUUAUGCCUAAGCCAGACGCCUGCCAACUUGCAGACCACUGUUUGAGACCAACAAACAACAACAUCGGUUGUCUUUUCUUCAGUCAUUGCUCUGUUUUCAGCAGCUUUUUACUAAUUAAGACUAAUUAGCGAGGAUAGUUGCACAAAAUGCCAUUGUUGUUUACAGAGACAUUGCUGCUUUUCCAGUGGGGAUCGUGUCCUCAAAACUGGAUAUUUUAAGCCAAAACAUUAUCUUUACCUAAACAUUUUGUCCCUAAACCUAACCACACAUAAACCACAGUGUUGUCAAAAGUUUCCAUAGUUGGCAGAAACGAACAACACCAACAUUUUUUCUGGCACCCAAUGAGCGGACAAAACAAAUAACCUCAUUGUCACUGAUUCUUUGUCUCUUUUUUCAUGUUUUGUUGCGUCAGUAUAUUGAUAUUAUAUUUUGAAUGCAAUGCAUGUUUUCACUCUGGAUGGGUUGAAUAGUUUAUUGGAUAUUUUUUGUACAGAAAUCAAGAUAAAGCUGGUUUAUAACACAAUUUUAACACCUGAGAUAAAACUUAUAAGGGCUAAAUGGUACCACUCCUUUUGUGCAGCUUUUAUUACACCAUUUUGCAUUUUCGUAUUAUAUUCCUGUCAUUUAUGUCAAUGCAGAGGAGCAAUAUGUUGAUUCAGUGUAUGUUUUAAAUUGGCAUUCUGCCAGUGACUGCAAUUUUUAUAAUAAAAAAAAUCUGUGAAA